AGGGGAGAGGUGUUUACUGGAAGUGCCUCACUGGGUCUGGGAAUGGGACACAGACAGCCAAUAGGACACUUCUCCCUCAGCAGCACGGGACUUUGCCAACCAAUAGGAUCAUGGAAUACGAUGUACAUUUUAGGACAUCCUUCCCCCCGAUAUCAUUGAGACGCUUGCGCCCAGCCCCUCUGUUAUGGCCACAUUUUAAUCUUUGAUAGGGGCGUCAAUCUCUACCUCGGUUCCUCCCGCUUACGUCACUCCUCCUCAUACUCCGCCUUCCACAGGGCUUGUUAUCUCUGAAAUCUCCUCCCCUCGCCGUCCCCUUACUGUUUGUGACAAGCAGAGGGGGGAAGUGAGCUGUAGUUUGGGAAGUCACGUGCCCUGGCUCUCCAAUGUAAGCGAAGCCAUUGGCAUCUCGGGCUGAACGCAAAUUCGCUGCCCUGAGGUGAUGUCUGGGGCCGGGAAUUAGCGGAGGGGCUAUUGGGAUAUGUUUCCUACACGGACAUACGUGUGAAUCCGCCAAAGGACCUGGAGUGAGGGUGAUAAUCGUGAUGAAAAUGAAGAUUCGUUUUUUCUGUUUGAUUUCUUCGGUUGUCUUGAUUGUUCAUCAAGCUGAACUAGUAAAGGUAUGUGGUCGCAUAUUUCCGGACCCUGGUAUCGUGCAUGGUGAAAGGCCGUUCACAGCUUACUGUGUCAUUAAUCAGACUUGUCUCAGAGAAGAUGCCAGUAGAAUAUAUUGGCUUGUCAAAGGUGUUAAGGUACCAGAGACGCAGUACGAGAUCUUAAACCAAACGACUUCAAGUGUAACUUUUGAGAACCUUACUACUCUGAACAGUCCUCUGACGUGUAAUGUAAUGGCAUCUGGACAUGUUGCAAAUACACUGUAUGGAAUUUUCUUCACAUUGGGUUUGCCUCCAGAUAAGCCUACGAACCUGACGUGCAUUGUGUAUAACCAAGACAACCUGACCUGCACUUGGGACCCUGGAAGGCCUACUAAUCUGCCUACAAACUACACUCUAUCACACCGAUGGAAUCCCUUGGCACUGACUGCGGAGAGGGGCUCUGAAUUGGUGCAAAGCAAGGUUAUGGGCUUACCUGCUGCUAGGGCCAGAGGGAGGAAAUGGACUUCCCCCAAACAUGGGUAUACAAAUACUGAAGGAGACCAGAAGUUCAGGGCACACUUUGGCGCAAACUACUGCAGAGGAGCCAAUAAUUCUUGUACAAUCCAUUCUCCAGGAUUUCAGUUCUAUAUUGAUACUACAUUCCAAGUGGAAGCCACAAAUGAGCUUGGAAUUCAAAAAUCGGAGACGCUGACAAUAGAUCCUGUCAAUAUAGUCAAACCUAAUCCACCUCAACUCAGUGAGCUUAUCUCAUCCCUGGAGUUACCAAAUGCACUGAAAAUCGAAUGGAAGAACCCAAUAACGAAUGCUUUUAAUCUGAAAUACAACAUCCGAUAUCGGCCCGUUAAAACCCAGGAUUGGGAGAUGGUACCAGAGGAAGACACCGCAUCCCACAGAGAUUCCUUCACCUUGCAAGACUUGCUGCCAAAUACAGUGUAUGAGGUUUCAAUACGCUGCAUACACAAAGAUGGGCAUGGAUUUUGGAGCGACUGGAGUGAAUUAAAGAAGCAAGUGACACCAGAAGCUCCACCUUCCAGAGGACCAGAUAUAUGGAAGAAAAUUGACAGCCCCGAUGCAAAUGGCAAUAGAGACGUUAUGAUAAUGUGGAAGAAUUUAAGUGACUCCGUAGCCAAUGGUGAAAUUUUGCUGUACAGCGUAACCUUUCAGAGCGGCUCUCAGUCCACCACUUUCAAUGUGACCGGAACAAGCUACAAGAAAACCUUAUCCAAGGAUCUCUAUUCUGUCAGUGUCACGGCUUACAACCGCAGAUUUGCUUCUCCUCCAUCAAAAUUAAAUAUCCCCCGUUCUGGGAACUGCCAAGUACUCCAUCCAGAGUUCAAAUUGAAAGCCUUUCCCAAGGAUAAGCAGCUGUGGGUGGAGUGGACUCCUCAGAAUAAAUCGUUGGACGGCUAUAUCAUAGAGUGGUGUAAUAAGUAUGCUAAAGAAGGCUGCGUUAGUGACUGGCAGCGUGAGUCACGCAAUGUAAAUGGUACAUUUUUGAGAGGAGAAUUGGAGCCCCAUAAAUGUUAUUGGAUCAAAGUGUACCAACUGUAUAAGGAUGGCUGUGAGUGUGUAAGAACUACGGAGGCUUAUCUUCAGCAAGGAACUCCUAUUGUAGGUCCUAGCAUACAUACAAAGCAAGUGGAGAAACAUAGGGCCAUCUUGCAGUGGACUCCGGUUCCAUUUGAUAAACGAAAUGGCUUCAUCAGGAAUUACACCCUAAUCUACAAACCAAACCAUGGGAAUGAGACUGCUGUGGUAAUAAAUCCUACAGACACUGAAUAUUCCCUGUCGGGGCUGGAUGGAAACACACUGUACUCUGUACACAUGCUGGCAUACACAGAGAGAGGAGGAAAGGAUGGACCAAUCUUUACAUUCACAACCCUAAAAUUUGCCAACGGGGAAGUUGAAGCCAUUGUGGUGUCUUGCUGUGUCGUUUUCCUCAUACUUGUGCUUAUUGCAGUCAUUCUGUGCUUCAACAAUAGAGAUCUGAUUAAAAAGCACAUUUGGCCAAAUGUUCCAGAUCCUUCAAAGAGUAACAUUGCUCAGUGGUCCCCUCAGACACCAAACAGGCACGACUUUAAUGCAAAAGGACACCCAUUCCAAGAUGGCAGCUUUACAGACGUGAGUGUGGUUGAGAUAACGGCAAAACAAAAGCCUGAGCAGGAUAUUAAAUCCAUGGAUCCGCUGAAAAAGAACACGUCCGAGGGUCUGAGCAGUGGAAUCGGCGGCUCCUCGUGUUUGUCGUCCCCGCGGCUCAGCGGCUCCGACUGUGAUGAGGUGGAAUCUGCCCAAACCACAUCCAGCACCGUCCAGUAUUCCACCGUUAUAAUCAGCGGAUACCGAGACCAGCAGCCCAGCGCAGUUAUUCCGCACGUAUUCUCAAGAUCCGAGUCAACACAGCCGCUGCUCGAUUGCGAGGAAAGGCCGGAAGAGCCGCACGCCGGAGAUAAAGAAGGGGAACCACAGGGGGCCAAUCAGUAUUUUAAACAGAAUUGUGGUCGGGAAGAUUUUACUAACAAAUUACAGGCCUUGCAUCAGGAAGAGCCCAGCCAUUUUCAGGAGCAGUUAUCGGCCUCCGACCUGCUUUUUGCGGAACAAGAAAGGGAUUUCCCUAUAGGACAAAGUGGCCAGUCCUCUGAUUCUCAGUUAGACACAAACAGUGGAGAGUGUAAAAGUUAUAUGCCACAAACAGUAAAGAGUGGAGGUUACAUGCCACAGUAGACUUUAUACCUCAAUGUUAUAACGUGAAUGCUCAGGAGAGACCCGUCCAAUGUCUUAAUACAGAGAAGAAAUGUAUGGACUUGUAUACGGCACAGGCAACAGACUCGUGUAUUUAGAUUUAGCAAUGUUCCAACAAUGUAAUGCUAGCGAGGACCAUCCAUCACUGUGCAGCCAUCUCAAUGUUCCAUGGGAUGUUCCUCUAGUCCCGAGCCAGAGAGCUGUGACUAUCAUGUUAUCAGAACAUUGAAUUAUCUGCCUAUACCUGGCUUGGCAUCUUCUCUGCUCCUGGAAAAACCACAUGUGCAGCAUGACCUGUACCUAUUGGGCGCAAAGAACUUAUUAUUAUUUAGGAAUUCAAUGACACCACCAAACUGGAGCUACAUCUCCAUAUACCUUGAAGCUUUAUCAGCCAAAGACAAGGUUUUGGGAGAUAUCAGGAUCCAGAAAAACAGGGUGGUAGACAGGAUCCAAAGACUCAGGACAGUAUGGAGGCUCAGUGGUCAGUACUUGCUGUGCAGAGUGGGGUUUGGCCAGGGCUCUAUGUGCAGGGAGUGGGUGUUUCCUCCUUGUGUUUGAGAGGACGUCACACCAAAUACACACAGGCAGGUUUUAUGGCUCCUAGUGUGUGUUUGAAUCUAAUAGGGACCUUAGAUUGUAAGCUCCACUGGUGCAGGGACUUAAAAAAAUGAUAAAAAAAAUCUGUAAAGUAUUGGCUUUAUAUAACAAAUAUAUAUAUACUGUAUAUACACACACAUACACAUUUCAUGCAGAUCACCAAUAUGUAGAAAUCCCUUGAAGUUGGAGCUUCUUUAAUUGUACAUAACAAAUCCUCACAAUUCUGUGCAUUUUGACCGCUGUGUGCCUGCCGUAGGCCUUAAUGAUUGGCUUCAGCUUUCUUCAGUCUGAAAUAGACAGGGGAGAGCAACAUUUGCAAAGCUUUGUUGACUUUUGAUACAUUCCCUGUGCUACUAAAUGGAGACGGCGUCAGAUGAGGUGCAAACAUGUCACAUUUUCAUAUUCUGCCAAUAAUCACAGACAAGGGUGGGCUCAACAGAAACUGCCAUGUUUGAGAAUAGAUUUUUUUUUGAGCUUCUCCCCCCCCCACCCAUGUGGUUAGGGCAGGUCCUAUCAAAUGUGGGGUCCAAUUGGGAACAUGUUGACAGGGCCACCUAGUCCUAGACAAAGCAUAUCUCCCAACUGUCCCGUUUUCAACAGGACAGUCCCUCUUUUGACAGCUCAACCCGCAGUCCCUAGUUUGUACUGGAAAGUCCUGUUUUUCUCUGCACUGAACAGCCAGA